UGUGCAAUUUUGUGGUGGCUGUUGGCUUGUUCUUUGGACGACAAAGACAUCACGAUAUAAAGUUCAUAACAUGGGAUGCACAUCAGUUACCAACAAGAGCUUCUUUCGGCGUGUGCUUGGCUGGGCGAGCUGGUUGCGUAUUUUGGUAUUUGCUGACGUCAGUGGACGGAUCGAUCAUCGCCACUGCUCCGACUCGACCGUGCUUGGUGUGCAGAAGACCUUUCGCUCUCUGCUGUCCAUUGAUUGGCGGAGGAGAAAGCCUGGCAUGGGAAGCUUUCUUUCUCACCAUACGCUCACUUCAUUCAUCCCACAGGGAGAAAGCUGGAAUUUGAGCAAAUCUGUACGUAUGAAGGAGGAAAGUGUGAUCUGUGUGGGAGGAUGGACAACUUGCAGUAAAAUAAAAUAAAAUAUUAUUGCAUUCCGGACCUCUGCCUCUCGCGAUUUUUACUGCGGUUGAGUCGGACUAAUAAACAUAGUUUCGUCGCCGUUAUUUGUUCUCCUUAUUCCGUUAACAUUCCUCCGAUAUCGUCCCCCACCACCGCGACGCAGGAUGUACUUGGUGUCAUCCUUAACCUUUGGAAUUCUUCUCUUGAUCAGGGCAUCACUCGCACAGUCCGCUCCCUACAUUUAUCAAGAUUCAAACGAGGAUGAAGAAGCGUUAAUUGAUCGACUGGCCUCUCUCGCAGCAUCGACUGGAUCACAGCAGUACUCAAAACAUCAAAUUUACCCAAAUUAUGACGCGUCACCACUGGGAGGAUAUGUUGGCGAUUUUAAUGAUGACCUCGCACGGGAAUAUUUAGCAAAGCUUCCCCCGCAGUUUGGUUACAGACCGGAUGAUGUGCGGUAUUAUAUGUCCCCGGAGCAAUUCCCCCCAAACUUGUCCAAAGAUGAGAGUUCCAAGGCUGAUUCUGAAACUCCAAAGUACCGAGCACCAAAGCAAAAUGUGGAACAAGGGCUUGAACGAAAUAAUCUCCAGCCACAAAGUAAUCUUGGUAUUGAGGUGGCACCAGCAACCCAUACUGAAUUGCACCAUGAUUUCGAACCAGUGAGCGACGCAUCCUACAGCCACUUUAUGAAGAAAAAUGAAAUGAAGAAUACGGAACCGGCUCAACAUGCCCAAAAUAUCAUUGCAGGGCCGAGUCACAUUAUGUCUUCCGGCUUUCAGUCAGUUGAGAAGCCGUAUAAUAAUUUGUACCCGGUGGAAAACGACUCAUUUUCAUACUCGGAUAUUUACUACAUUGGACUUAUUGCGGGAUGUAGUGCGGCUAUCGUGAUCGGAAUUGUCGCAGCAGGAAUAUUUUGGUACAGGAUUCAUCAGAGGGUGAAAGCAGCUGCAGAGGUGGACUACCCCGCCUAUGGCGUAACGGGUCCCAGUAAAGAUCAAAUGGCUGCUUUGCAGAAAGGAGCUUUGCAGGAGGACAGACCAGGAUCGGCUGGGUCGGAUGUGGAGUCAGAGGACGACAAUGAGGACGACAACGACUACACGGUGUACGAAUGUCCUGGACUUGCCCCUGCUGGUGAAAUGGAGGUCAAAAAUCCACUCUUCCAAGAUGAAGCAACCCCUGCAACGCCCAGUCUCAAUCAGUCUGAGGAUGACAAGUAAAUCCUUACGAAAAUACGGGACAUAAAAUGCUAUAAUUUAUUUUAAUCUCGAGUUUAUAAUUCCAAAUAUUACGAAAGUCACCUAUAUUUUGUUAACAUUUGAUGUGCAUUUCAUCCCAACUUUUGGUCCAAUGAUUCAAAAUUACAUCUUUAUUUAUUCGAAAUAUUCCUGGAUCGAUAUUGCAUACAUAUUUUUUCUGAUAACCUAAUGUGUGAUUUCCUAUAAAAAUGUGUGACUGAGAAGAUAUAUUGGAAGAGUGAUUGACAAAAUGGGAAAAUCAAAAUUUAAAAUUAUUUUGAACGAAGAAUUUGGUGAGCUAGUAAGUAGCACGACAUGUGAUAAAUAUACGAAUGAUCGAAUGGUUGUAACUUUUGAUGUGCACGAUUUUGUCAAGUGUGAGAGUUAUUUGUUUGAGAAUGAAUCUAGUCAAAUUGGACAGUAUUAUUAAUUUACGCAUAUAUGUACAUAUUUAUACCUAUAUUGGAAAGAAAGGGUAGCUCUAAUCAAACAUAUAUUCUUGAACUUCCGAAAUUAUUAUUGGUGCUAUCCAUACGUAUAUCUAUUUAUUUUAAAAAUACCCAUUAUUCUCUAUUUUAAAUUUAUUUACCAGACAAUCAUACAGAUAUUUUACAUCUGUAUACCAGGCUUGAAUGGGAGUGAAUGAAUUAUGUAUUACAAAUGGCUCGGCAGGAAUGACUAUGUACUUAUACAAUACUCUUUGUAGCCCGAGUCAGGUCUUAUGGAACCGGUAUGUCUACGUGUAUUCAUGUGUUCGGGGGACGAACCCUGAACCAAUUUUGACCAACUUGGUGUUAAAAUUGUAUCUCAACAGGGUCUUGGAUUUCGUAGAUAAGCACGACCAGUUCAGCGGUUAACCAGUGGAGGUCAUUUGGGUGGUAAAUAGCAUCAAAUUUAGAAAUUGUCACAGGGGCGUAAAAUUUGGUCCAAAAGUAUCGUGGAUUAUAACGACAGAAUAAGCAGGGAAUUUCAAUAAUUUUUGCCAGAGUGAACAACACCCAACAAGGCACUGGUUUGUGAAAUUUAUCAUAGAAGCCUAAUAUAUAGGAAUAUUUGAGAAGUGAAUCAAGAUAACUAUCAAAUUAUUGUUUCGAGAAUAUGUCUAAAGUCUUUCCAUCCUGACUCGGGCUACAAAAUACUUCUGUUAUUUAUUAUUUUUUGGAAGAUAAUCGAACUAUCAUUAACAUAUUUGACCUUAAAUCUAAAUUAUAUAUAAAUAUUCAUAAACUACUAUUUGGAAAUUUGACCAUACUUGUAAUUUGAUGAAAUUGAGAAGUACCUGGAAUUAUGUAAGGCCAAGGCGUGCCAGAAAGAAUGAAUGGGGAUUUUUUUGUCGUACGAAUGAUUCUCAUUGUCAAACUAAUAAAUAACUAAAAUUCUUAAUUGAUUUAUUAUUGGAUUGGUCAAAAAUAAAAUACAAAAAUAAAGAGUGGAUGAUUUUUAAAUGCA